AUGUUCAAGAUAUCAGCCAGACCCCUAAGGUCUGCAUUCGUUCGCUACUCCAGCAAUACCGUGAAACCCAUUGUGGUGGAUAAUAAGUCAUAUCAUGCAGAUGAGUGGACGAACGUGCCUCCUUACAUUCUCAAACUUAUUGACCGAAAAUUGCAUAAAAAUGUUAACCAUCCAAUUGGUAUAUUGCACGAUUUAAUACGACAGAAUAUGGAAGGUAUGGGGUACACUAUAUAUGACAAUUUCCACCCCAUUGUUUCCAGGUACCAGAAUUUUGACAGUUUGGGGUUCCCAGAGGAUCACGUUGGAAGAUCAACGUCAGACACAUACUACCUUAACAAAGACUAUUUGUUAAGGACCCACACCUCUGCUCAUGAGCAAGAGUGUUUUAUCAAUUCAAAAACACCGGGGUAUCUCAUCACAGCCGAUGUUUAUAGACGUGAUGAAGUUGAUAGAACGCAUUACCCUGCUUUCCACCAAUUGGAAGGUGCUAGAGUAUACGACAAGGGAGAUUUGGAACAGAUUCAACAGGAUAUCGACGCAAUUCCACAGACAAAUAUCAUUGUUGAGGAUCCAUUUAGGGAGAAUCCUGUCACACCAAAUAACCCGGGACAAAAAUAUAUGACUGAUGAAGAGAUCAGACUUGUUUCAACGCAUUUGAAGAAAACAGUUGAAUACCUAGUUAAUCAAGUGUUUGAACGAGCUAGAGAAUCAGCCAAGAAGGCUGGAUCUACUGAACCUUAUUUGAACGAGCCUUUGAAAGUACGCUGGGUUGAAGCUUACUUUCCAUGGACCUCACCUUCAUGGGAAAUUGAGGUUUGGUGGAAAGGAGAAUGGUUGGAAUGUUGUGGAUGUGGUGUUGUCCAACAACAAGUUUUACUCAAUUCGAAUUUAGGUGAUCAAAAGAUCAGUUGGGCCUUUGGAAUCGGAUUGGACAGGAUCGCGAUGCUAUUGUUUGAUAUCCCUGACAUUAGACUUUUUUGGACCCAGGAUGAAAGAUUUCAUAAACAAUUUAAGCAAGGUGAGAUCAACACAUUUGUCCCUUACUCAAAGUAUCCGGGAGUUAAGAGGGAUGUUUCCUUUUGGCUCAAUCGCGAUUACAAAUUGCAUGCAAAUGAUGUGAUGGAAAUUGUCAGAAAUCGUGCUGGAGACUUGGCUGAAAGUGUUGUUAAUGUUGACGAAUUUACCCACCCAAAGACAGGUAAGAAAUCGCAAUGUUAUAGAAUAAAUUAUCAAUCAAUGGAUCGAAACUUGACAAACAGCGAAAUCAACUCAAUUCAUGACAAGGUAGUAGAGGAUCUUGUAAACAGGUUCAAAGUUGAAAUCAGAUGA